CAGUCAAUUCGUUUGCUCUUAAAAACAUCAUAAUAACAUCUUCUUUUUUGACUCCGCUUUUUCCAGUCUUAUUCAUUUCCUUUACCUCCUAAAGAGGGAGGGGACUCAACUCAACACUAGUGUUUCUUCAAACCCAACCCUCUCUCUUUAUGGAUCUCUACUCAAGUUUUGCUGAAUGUAGAGAUAUGGGUGGACGAAGAAAUGCAAAUCUCAGUGAAAAAUGAAGAAAUAUGUGUUCUAGAUUUUAGUUUGUGAAUGAAGAAGAGAUGGGUUUAAUUAUUUGUUCUUCACAUUUGUUCAUUUUCAUGUACCUUUCAUUAUGUGUUGGAUCCGCUUACACUGGUUUUACUCCUAUAGACAAUCUCUUGUUCAAUUGUGGAGGAAAUAAAACGUUAAAACACGACGACGGUCGAGCAUUUGUACCAGAUUCUAAUCUGGGUUUAUCACCAAACUCUCACUUUCUUGUUACUAAACACCAUCCUUCAAAUCUGUAUAGUACUGCUCGAGUUUUUAAGAAAACCUCUAGUUAUACCAUUACAACCAAACAUAUUGGUCGGCAUUGGUUGAGAUUACAUUUUUCCGCUGUUAAUAAUCCCCAUUAUAACUUGAAAUCCUCAGUUUUUUCUAUUGUAGCUAACGCAAUCACACUUUCCCAUGAAUUCUCUUUUCUAAAAUCAGCUAACGGUAAAUCUUCUCUUCUCAAAGAGUAUGUCAUCAAUUUGAGGUCACAUUCAUUAACAUUAACACUUUCUCCGUUGUCGAAUCAUUCGGUGGCAUUCAUCAACGGGAUAGAGCUAAUCUCUUUACCUGACAAACAAUUUCCUUCUUCUGUUGUUCCAAUUCCUUUGGGUCCUGAGAUUGGAAUUCCUACACACGCCGCACUUGAAACGGUUUACCGGCUUAACAUGGGAGGACCUCUUCUGCCGGCGAAUUAUGAUCCGCUGUGGAGAACAUGGGUAUCUGAUCAUGCUUUCCUUCUUAAUCCUGGUUCUGCGCGCAACGUCUCUGUGAACCCCAGUACGGUCAAGUACCCAGCUGGGGUUUCUGUCAAUAUUGCGCCGAAUAUGGUUUAUGCAACAGCUCAAGAAAUGGCGGAUGCGAAUGUGGGAGAUCAAAGGUUUAACAUCUCGUGGUCGUUUAAAGUUGACAGCAGUUUCAGCUACCUCAUUCGGAUGCAUUUCUGUGAUAUUGUAAGUAUAGCCUUGAACAAUCUGAUUUUCAAUGUUUAUAUCAACAACCAGUCUGCUAUCAACUCUUUUGAUAUAUCUAGCGGGACAAAUCAAUUGUCUGCUGCUUAUUAUGUCGACUUCAUAUCAAAUGUUUCUAGUAGCUCGGAUAGCAUUCUGGUUCAAGUGGGUCCUCCAAAUCAGAGGAAUGUGCCGCCUAAUGCAAUCCUUAAUGGGUUAGAGAUCAUGAAACUCAGUGGCAGUGACAACAGUUUGGAUGGGAUUCUCCGACCUCAGCACAUGCGCUCCAAGACUCGUAAGAAGAAAAGGAUGAUUGCAUUAGUAGUGGUUUUUUCUCUAGUAGGAUCCUCAAUUUUAAUGCUCAUUAUAGCUGGUCUUUGCCGGUAUUUCCGGCGCCAAGAGAAGAAGAAGCCUAAGGAGCCUAUACCAGAAUGGCAACCACUUCCAACCCAUGCAGGAAAUUCAGAAACCAAGGUUUCAAUGGGAAGUUUCUCCUCAGUAGUGCCUUCUCAAAAUUUCGGACGCGUUCUUGCAUUUUCAGAGAUACGUGACGCUACAAAUAACUUUGACGAAAGUUUAGUUAUUGGAGUGGGCGGAUUUGGAAAGGUUUACAAAGGUGUUUUGGAGAAUGGGGCUUUAGUUGCCGUAAAACGUGGCAACUCGCGAUCUCAACAAGGACUAGUUGAGUUCAAGACAGAAAUUGAAAUGCUGUCAAAGCUUCGGCAUAGACAUUUGGUUUCUCUUAUAGGAUACUGUGAAGAACUCAAUGAAAUGAUCCUUGUCUAUGAGUGCAUGGCUGGGGGACCUCUUAGGAGGCACUUGUACGGUUCAGGUUCCUCGCCACUUUCAUGGAAACAAAGACUUGACAUCUGCAUUGGAGCUGCUAAAGGGUUGCACUACCUUCAUACUGGUGCAGCUGAGAGUAUUAUACAUCGAGAUGUCAAAACUACCAACAUCCUUCUUGAUGACAGUUACACGGCCAAGGUUGCAGAUUUUGGGUUGUCGAAAUUAGGCCCUACAUUGGAUCAAACUCAUGUAAGUACAGCAGUAAAGGGGAGCUUUGGAUAUCUGGAUCCAGAAUACUUUCGUAGGCAGCAACUUUCAGAGAAAUCUGACGUGUAUUCCUUUGGGGUUGUGCUAAUGGAAGUUUUGUGCGCUCGGCCGGCCAUAAAUCCUUCUCUGCCAAGGGAACAAGUGAAUAUAGCUGAAUGGGCCAUGCACUGGCAAAGGAAGGGCCGAUUGGAGAAAAUAGUUGACCCCCAUCUCAUUGGGUCUUUGAACCUCGACUCAUUAAGAAAAUUUGGUGAAACAGCGGAGAAGUGUCUAGCUGAACAUGGAGUUGAUAGACCAACAAUGGGAGAUGUUCUAUGGAAUUUGGAGUAUGCUCUUCAACUUCAAGAAGCUUCAACGCUAUCAGUUGCAAAAGUUGAUAGUGCAAAUUCCAUACCUGAUCUACCAGAGUGCAUUUCCCGGAUGCAGUCUGUUGAUCUUGAUAGUGAAGAAAUUGCCAGCGAGUCGGGGUUGAAUGCAGCCACAACAAGUGCAGUAUUUUCGCAACUGAUGCGUCCUAAAGGAAGAUAGUUCAACUGGUGGCCCUUGAUAGCCACACAUUACAUUUGUUUCGCUAUUUCACAAGAAAUUGAUUUUUUUUCCCUCCCAUUUUGUAUUUUAGAACAACAUACCGAUAGCCUGUUUCUGGCAAAUUACUUGUAAUAAGUUAGCAGAGAAGUCAGUUCAGAGAUAUCCCGGUUUUCAUUU